CCAGUAAUCAAAACUGCUAAAGCUCAGUGGUGGUAUCUUACCAGAAUUGAUCACUGGAACAAUGAGAAGGAACGUCUCGUUCUCAUCACGGAUUGGUCCCUCCUGAUCUGCAAAUACAACUUCAUCAGCCUGCAGUGCCAGCACGUGACGAGGAUAGCCCUCAGCGCGGUCGAUACCAUCUCUGUAGGCGAGUUUGAGUUCCCACCUAAAUCUCUGAACAGGCGAGAAGGUAUCGGUAUUCGAAUUCAGUGGGACAAGCAAAGUCGUGCCUCCUUCAUAAACAGAUGGAACCCAUGGUCCACAAACAUCCCGUACGUCACCUUCACCGAACACCCCAUGGCAGAUGCCGAUGAGAAGAUUGCAUCCCUUUGUCUUUUGGAAAACUUCAAAACUCAGCUAAUUCAAGCUGUGAAGAAAGCCCAUAAGGAGUGUCCGUUGCCAGGAAUGGCUAAUGGCGUGCUAGUGCUGGAGCGUCCUCUUCUCAUCGAGACAUACCUGGGAUUGAUGUCCUUCAUCAACAACGAGGCCAAACUUGGCUACUCCAUGACAAGAGGCAAAAUUGGAUUUUAAAAUUCACAGAAUCAUUGCAUUUAAUCUUUUCAAGGG